AUGGAGCCAUCAGAAUGGUUAAUUGUAGAUGAAAUCAGACUUUUCCGAUGGAUAUCAGAAUUUAAGCCAGCGGGAAUCAAUAAACACUUCCAUAUGUGUUGUAUAGUUGAAAGAAUGAAUCAUCCUGACAAAUAUCCAGUUACUCUACUUCAAAAGGAAAUUAUUCGUGCAGGUAGAGUUUUUACAGCAAAUGAUAUAUGGAAGAAAAUAUCAUCACACUAUGAUUUAAAAGAUAUGGAUAGGAUUGAAAAUAAUUAUGCAGUAUCAUUACAGAGCAAAGCCAAAAAGUCGAAAUCUGAUGAUAUUGAUAAUGAGUUUAGCAUUGGAAAUAAAUUGGUAAAAGAACGUGAUUUUGAACUUCCUUGGUAUGAAUAUGGUGAAAUAAAAUUAGCAAAUGCAAAACGUUCCAAAAUAGAAUUAGAUGAUAAUAAUAAUGAAAUUGUUAGACAAAAAACUCCCAAAGUUGAAACCCCUGUUGAAAAGGAGAAUAAAGAUAAUAUUACUAGUGAGAAACCUCCAAGUAAAAAAAACAACUUAGAAAAUGAAGUAAGUAUAUCUGAAAGCAGACCAGUAUCAGAUACUAAAUCGAGCAAGCUUGACACUCACGGAAAUAUACCAAGCACUAAUGAAAGCACAACAGAUACUAAGGAAAAGACAUUAGAAACUAAGGAAAGCACAUCUGAUGCUAAAGAAAUCACAUCAGAGAUCAAUGAAACUAAAUCAGUCACUAAGGAAAAUAUAACAAACACUAAAAAGAGUUCACCAGAUACAAAUGAGAAAAUUUCAAAAUCUGAAGAUGAGCAUAUAUCUAUUAAAGGUAAAGACACAGUAAAUGUAGCUGCAUCGAGUAAAGAUACAUCAUGUGUGGCUUCCUCAAGUAAAGACACUUAUAAGGAUGAUAAGAAUACAGCCAGUGAAGAUGCAGAAAAUAAUUCACCGGUAAAUGGAGCUAAUUUAAAAACAGCAGAUAGCAAGAUCACAGAAAAAGGCAAUGAUUCUAAUAGUAAUACUGUUGAAGAAAUUAGUGUGAAAGAAAUUGAAAAAGAAGUGGGAGCAUCUUCUGACAAAGAAGAAGUUGAAACGACUAGAAGGACUAUAAAACGCAAAUUGAGAAGCAACGAAGUUACUGAAAAAUCUGACACUAAGAAGACAAAAACUAAAAAUGAGAAUGACACAACAAUUAAGGAUAAAGACACUGGUGUAUUGGAGAAUGAAGUUUCUACAAAUACUGAACCUAUUGAAACUAAUAUAGAUAAUAAGAAUAAGGAUGCUAAUGAAGAAAAGAAUGAAAACGAUAAAGAUAACGAAGAUAGUAAUAAAAAGGAUAGGAAAUAA